AGCAGAAGUUUGUCUCUCUUUUCUCCGGACUUCCAAAGGCGACAGGCGCAGGACUGUCUCCGUCUCUUUAGCGGUGCACAUGGCGCUUCCGCACGCUGUUUGUUUUUAUUUUUUUCGCACGCUACUAGUUAAAGUGGUAACUAGGAGAGCACGACUAACUAGUUGUGGGUGAAAUUAUGGGAUGCAUCGUCAUGGCAACAGACCAGACGUCACAAUCUGGGCAUGUGUGUUCCAUUUUUGUCUUUCUUAUUUUUCAGACUGGGAGACCUGGAUAGAGAUCAGUGGAAUAAAAAAAAAAAAAAAAGAUUUUUAACAAUGACAUGUUUUUUUGGUCUUUUUUUAGUCCUUCAGAGAGAGCAGCAGAUGCCGUGCAAAAAAAAAUAAAAAUUAAAAAAAAUUAACAGAGCGAGGAUUAGAUUUCUUUUUGGGUGAAGAAAGAGCCUGGGCUGCGGCGUCUGGAGGGUUAACUUUCAGUAUUCUCAGCCUAAAAGGGGUUUGGGGGGCUAUGAGAUAAAGAUGCCGGGGUCGCUGAGUAAUGAAGACGAGGGACAGGACGACAUGGAUUUUGAAGACGAUAUGCCAGACGAAGAUGACGAAGGAGAGCGCAACACCGUUCCCCUCACGCCCCUCGACAGCUUCUUCUCGGACAACGACUCCCUCAAACAACAGAAGAAGAAGAAGCCCAAAAAGAUGAAGGAGGGGAAAAUGCCCAAAGUGAAGAAGAGGAAAAAGGAGGGAGGAAUCCAGGCGAGAGUGGACAGCGACCUGGAGGAGACCUCAGAGGUCGAGGAGGAACGGGAACGUCCAGAAAUAAACUCAGAGAGUGAGAGCAGCACGGCGUACGGCCCGACCAAGAAGAAGAAGAAGAAACCCAAGGAGAAGAAAGAGAAGAAGCCCAGGAAGAAGAAGAGGGAUGAGGACGAGGAUGAGGAUGAGGAUGAUGAUGGGAACAUGAAAGAACCUAAAUCAUCAGGUCAGCUGAUGCAGGAGUGGGGCCUGGAGGAUGUUCAGUACGGCUUCACCGAGGACGACUAUAAAACCAUCACCAACUACAAAGCUUUCAGCCAGUUCCUCAGGCCUCUCAUCGCCAAGAAGAACCCCAAGAUCCCCAUGUCAAAGAUGAUGACAGUGUUAGGGGCCAAGUGGCGAGAGUUCAGCGCCAACAACCCGUUCAAAGGCGCAUCUGCCACCGCUGUGGCCGCCGCUGUGGCUGCCGCCGUGGAAACCGUCACCGUGGCACAGCCGACGACUGUCAGCAGCAGCCAGCCGAGCUCUCAGCCGGGGCCGAUCAAAAAAGCCAAAACCAAAGAGGGGAAGGGGCCAGGAGUCAGGAAGAGAAGCAAGUCUGUGAAGGAGGUGAAGAAGAAGCCGAAGCCCAAGAAGACCAAAUCGAAGUCGGGCCAAAGUGGGAAGAAGAAGAAAGCCUCCUCGAGCGAGGAGGACUUCCUGGAGGAGUCGGACUUUGAUGACAUCAGCAUCCACAGUGCCUCUGUGCUUUCUGAUACCUCGGGGGCCGCCACCAAGAAAAAGGCUCGACGUGGGAGGAAAAAAAGGAAAAAGGAAGACGGUGACGGCUAUGAGACGGACCAUCAGGACUACUGUGAGGUGUGCCAGCAGGGCGGGGAGAUCAUCCUGUGUGACACCUGUCCCAGAGCGUACCACCUGGUGUGUCUGGACCCCGAGCUGGAGAAGGCCCCCGAGGGCAAAUGGAGCUGUCCACACUGUGAGAAGGAGGGAAUCCAGUGGGAGGCCAAAGACGAGGAGGAGGAGGAGGAGGAGCCAGCAGGCGAGGAAGAGGACGACCACAUGGAGUUCUGCAGAGUGUGUAAAGACGGAGGAGAGCUGCUGUGUUGUGACACCUGCCCGUCCUCAUACCACAUCCACUGCCUGAACCCGCCCCUGCCUGAGAUACCCAACGGGGAGUGGUUGUGUCCACGCUGCAUGUGUCCCCCUCUCAAAGGUAAAGUCCAGAAGAUCCUGCACUGGACUUGGGGAGAGCCCCCGCUGCCGGCUGAGCUGCCCGCAGGUCCUGACGGGAAGCCCAAUGAUCCGCUGACCAAGCCUCCGCUCAAAGGCCACCCAGAGAGGGAGUUCUUUGUUAAGUGGGCCGGCCUUUCCUACUGGCACUGCUCCUGGGUCAGCGAGCUGCAGUUGGAGCUGUAUCACACCGUCAUGUAUCGGAACUACCAGAGGAAGAACGACAUGGACGAGCCGCCGCCGUUCGACUACGGCUCCGGGGAGGAGGAGCUAAACAACGAGAAGAGGAAGAGCAAAGACCCCCAGUACGCCGUGAUGGAGGAGCGCUUCUACCGCUACGGCAUCAAACCAGAGUGGAUGGUGAUACACAGGAUAGUCAACCACAGUUUCGAUAAAGACGGAGAUGUGCACUACCUGAUCAAGUGGAGAGACCUGCCGUACGACCAGUGCACCUGGGAGGUGGAUGACUUCGACGUCCCAGAAUAUGACGGUCAUAAAGCUUCCUACUGGGACCACAGGGAGCAGAUACUCGGGGAGGACCAACGCCCCCUGGUGGUGAGGAAAGGAAAGAAGCUCAAGGAAGAUCAUCAGAAAAGAGAAAUCCCUCCUGAUGCUCCCAUCAUAGACCCAACCAUUAAGUUCGAGCACCAGCCGUGGUACAUCAACGCCACCGGGGGAACGCUGCACCCAUACCAGCUGGAGGGUCUGAACUGGUUGAGGUUCUCCUGGGCGCAGGGCACGGACACCAUCCUGGCUGAUGAGAUGGGCCUGGGGAAGACGGUGCAGACCAUCGUUUUCCUCUACUCGCUCUAUAAGGAGGGUCACUCGAAGGGGCCUUUCCUGGUGAGUGCGCCGCUCUCCACCAUCAUCAACUGGGAGAGGGAGUUUGAGAUGUGGGCUCCAGAUUUCUACGUGCUGACGUACACCGGGGACAAAGACAGCCGGGCGAUCAUCAGGGAGAACGAGUUCACCUUUGAAGACAGCGCGGUGAAGAGCGGACGCAAAGUGUUCCGUAUGAAGAAAGAUACUCCCAUCAAGUUCCACGUCCUGCUGACGUCCUAUGAGCUGAUCACGAUUGAUCAAGCCAUUCUGGGCUCCAUCACAUGGGCCUGCCUGGUGGUGGACGAGGCCCACAGACUCAAGAACAAUCAGUCAAAGUUUUUUAGGAUUCUGAACGGGUAUAAGAUCUACUACAAGCUGCUGCUCACUGGGACUCCUCUUCAGAACAACCUGGAGGAGUUGUUCCACCUGCUUAACUUCCUCACCCCAGAGCGCUUCAAUAACCUGGAAGGCUUCCUGGAGGAGUUUGCCGAUAUCUCAAAGGAGGACCAGAUCAAGAAGCUUCACGAUCUGCUCGGCCCUCAUAUGCUCAGGAGGCUGAAAGCUGACGUUUUCAAGAACAUGCCGGCAAAGACCGAGUUGAUUGUAAGAGUGGAGCUCAGCCCGAUGCAGAAGAAAUAUUACAAAUUCAUCCUGACGCGAAACUUCGAGGCUCUGAACUCCAAAGGUGGAGGGAACCAAGUGUCCCUGCUGAACAUCAUGAUGGACCUGAAGAAGUGCUGCAACCAUCCCUACCUGUUCCCUGUGGCUGCUGUGGAGGCUCCUGUGUUGCCAAACGGUUCGUAUGAUGGUAACCAGCUGGUGAAGUCCUCAGGGAAACUGACGCUGCUUCAGAAAAUGUUGAAGAAGCUCAAAGACGAAGGACACAGAGUUCUCAUCUUCUCUCAGAUGACAAAGAUGUUGGAUCUGCUGGAGGACUUCCUGGAGUUCGAGGGUUAUAAAUAUGAGCGUAUUGAUGGAGGGAUUACUGGAGGCUUGAGGCAGGAGGCCAUCGACCGCUUCAACGCACCGGGCGCUCAGCAGUUCUGCUUCCUGCUGUCAACACGAGCGGGAGGUCUCGGCAUCAACCUCGCGAGCGCGGACACUGUCAUCAUCUACGACUCCGACUGGAAUCCUCACAAUGACAUCCAAGCUUUCAGCAGAGCGCAUCGUAUCGGUCAAAACAGGAAGGUGAUGAUCUAUCGCUUCGUGACCCGGGGAUCGGUGGAGGAGCGAAUCACUCAGGUGGCAAAGAGGAAGAUGAUGCUCACCCAUCUGGUCGUGCGGCCCGGUCUUGGCUCCAAAACCGGCUCCAUGUCCAAACAAGAACUGGACGAUAUCCUGAAGUUUGGCACCGAGGAGCUUUUCAAAGAUGAAAUAGAAGCAGCUCGAACCAUGGGCUCUCUCAGCAGGGGUACCUCCCAUCAAACAGGUGACAACAAAGAGGGCGAGGAGGGGAAUGUGAUUCAUUACGAUGACGAUGCAAUCUCGAAGCUGCUGGACCGCAGCCAGGACGCCACAGAAGACACCGAGAUCCAGAACAUGAACGAGUACCUGAGCUCCUUCAAGGUGGCUCAGUACGUGGUGAAGGAGGAGGACGGGGAGGAGGAGGUGGAGCGGGAGAUCAUCAAGCAGGAGGAGAACGUGGAUCCCGACUACUGGGAGAAACUCCUCCGCCAUCACUACGAGCAGCAGCAGGAGGACCUCGCUCGCAACCUGGGCAAAGGCAAACGCAUCAGGAAGCAGGUCAACUACAACGACACGACCCAGGAGGACCAAGAAUGGCAGGAUGAUCUUUCAGACAAUCAGUCGGAGUACUCUGUGGGGUCCGAGGACGAGGACGAAGAUUUCGAGGAGAGGCCUGAAGGUGGACGCAGACAUUCGCGUCGACAGCUGAAGGGGGAAAAAGACAAACCUCUGCCGCCCCUACUGGCACGAGUCGGAGGCAGUAUUGAGGUCCUGGGGUUCAACGCUCGUCAGAGGAAAGCCUUCCUCAAUGCCAUCAUGCGAUGGGGGAUGCCCCCUCAGGAUGCCUUCAACUCCCACUGGCUGGUCAGAGACCUGAGAGGGAAGAGUGAGCGCGAGUUCAGGGCCUACGUGUCUCUGUUCAUGAGACACCUGUGUGAGCCGGGGGCAGACGGAGCAGAAACCUUUGCCGAUGGAGUCCCCCGUGAAGGACUGUCUCGUCAGCAUGUUCUCACCAGGAUCGGAGUCAUGUCUCUCGUCAGGAAAAAGGUGCAGGAGUUUGAGCAUGUAAAUGGAAAGCUGAGCUCCCCGGAUCUGAUUCCCAUCGGCAUGGAGCUGAAGAAGCUGACCGAGAGUUUGUCCUCCGAUCCAAACACUCCUGUGCCGGCCAGCCCCGUCGCCACGCAGCCCGGCACUCCUGUCCCUCCAGAGAAGACUGAGUCUCUGCUGGGUUCAUCAGAGGACAAAGACACCACAGAGCAGGACGGCAAGAAACUCUCAGAGCAGGAGCAGACGUCCAGCUCAGACGCAGCACCUGCACCUGAGAAGGCAGCUGACAGUGAGGAGAGCAAGGCCGGCUCUGAGGAGAAAACGGCAGACGAGAGGGACAGAACUGAUUCGCCCAACACAAAGACGGAGCCAUCUGCCAACCAAAAAGAGUCGGCUUCAAAACAGACAGAGCUGUCAUCCAGCCAGACGUCUCCUAAAGUGGAGCCCUGCAAAGAAACAGAGAAGUCUUCAGACAAAGCGGACAAUGAUUCCCCUCCUGCAAAGACUGAAGACAAAGAAAAUAAGCCAGACGACGUGAAGAGUGAAGAGGCGAUAGAAGGUCGACUGAACGGAGACAAAGACACUCUGGAUGAGAUCGAAGAGAGCAGGAAGGAGGACAAAAAUGGAUACAGAGCCAAGUUUAUGUUUAACAUUGCAGAUGGAGGUUUUACAGAGUUACACACCCUGUGGCAGACCGAAGAGAGAGCGGCGCUGUCGUCUGGAAAGAUGCAUGACAUCUGGCACCGUCGCCAUGACUACUGGCUGUUGGCUGGCAUUGUAACACAUGGCUACGCUCGCUGGCAGGACAUUCAGAACGACCCCCGUUAUGCGAUUCUCAAUGAGCCCUUCAAGACGGAGAUGCACAAGGGGAACUACCUGGAGAUGAAGAACAAGUUCCUGGCUCGUCGUUUUAAGUUGUUGGAACAGGCUCUGGUGAUCGAGGAGCAGUUGAGGCGGGCAGCGUACCUGAACAUGACCCAGGACCCGAGUCACCCGGCCAUGGCUCUCAACACUCGCUUCACUGAGGUGGAAUGUCUGGCAGAGUCCCACCAGCACCUGUCCAAAGAGUCUCUGGCCGGGAACAAGCCUGCCAACGCCGUGCUGCACAAAGUGCUGAAUCAACUGGAAGAGCUUCUGAGCGACAUGAAAGCCGACGUUACUCGACUGCCCAACAUGCUGUCCAGGAUCCCGCCGGUGUCGGCCCGUCUGCAGAUGUCUGAGCGGAGCAUCCUGAGCCGCCUCACCAGCCGAGGGAACGAGCCCCCGCCGCAGCAGACGUUCAGUCAGGGCGGCUUCGGCUGCUCUCAGAUGUACAGCGGCAGCUUCGGAGGAGGCUUCAGAGGACCGGGUGGACAGCCCAUGGUCAACUACAGUCAGAUGCCUCUGGGACCCUACGUCAGCGUUUCCUCUAACGGCCCUCCGCCCCCCACAAGCCAUCUGGAUAAAAAGUCACUCGACUCCUUGAGAGACGUGGCGACACCUGACCUCAAGUCAGGCAAACCCAGUGAUGUCAUCUGUAUUGAAGAUUAGAUCAGCUCUGUGUCACUGAGAUCAGACGCCCUUUGGGGAUGGGGUCUGUGUGAAUGACAGCCGUCUCCUCCGCCAUGUCCUCCUCUUUUUUUCCGCCGACUUUAAAUCUUCUAAAUCGAGCUCUCUGUCUGCGGAUGAGAUGAUUAACUUUUUUGAUUAAUGCAGAUGUACCUAUCUUAACACUUGCACUUUUAUCUUUCAAGGACUCUGUAGAAGUAUUUCAGUAGAUGUUUGCUUUCAUGCUGCGGAGCGGAGGAUUAGGAGAAAGCUGAUUUUAUGAAAGACGAUUUUGUCCCCCCCUUCCCCCUGCAUCCCUGCAGAACAAGGUGAAACUCAAGGAAGCUGGCAUGACUUGAGAGUCUGACGCUCAUGAUUGAGGCUCAUUUUAAUCUACAAAUGUGUGUUUUGUUGGUGCCAGCUUCGACUUUUUUUUCGUUCUCUGCGCCUCCUGUUUCGUUUUUCACUACACUGUGACUGUGCCCAUCAACGAGAAAGGAGCGGAUUUAAGGACAAUUUUAGUCACAGUCCGAAAAGUCAGAGGGCCAAUAUUGUCAUUUUUAAAUGAAUUCUUGUCAUUCAUGUAGUAACCAGUGGAUAAAUUAUUGAUCUGACAGCAUCAGAAGCUAUGAUCAUGUAUGCAGUAGCUGGACACACAGUCUGUCUGAAUCCUCGAAAGACUGCCACCCGCUGGUGAAAGUGGAGAAAGUGAGUCCUGCUACACCCGCAGACACAUUUGACUGCCAGAUGCUGGCUGGGAGGGUUGGCUUCUUGUACUGUAUAUACUCAGAGACUGCUGUUUAUUUUACCUCACAUAGGUCUAAUCUUAGUGAAAUAUGUACACAAACAUGGAAGAAAUCAGUGGAAAUGAAGAUCAAGCAAAGUCAAAAAGAAGCUACAGAAAUGAUUUUUAACACAUCUCAAGAGAAGACUGAGUAUUACUGUGUACGGUACGAUAUUUGUGAUUCUUACUAUAUUUGAAUGUUAGUAGUGGCUGUAGAGCUUAACCCCCAAGCCAGGACCAGUGGGACUGCACUAUAAACAGGAAACUCAUCUGGUCGACAUCCACAGACGGGGGCUAACUGAGAACACUCCUGAGUGGAGGGUGGAAGCUUUUUUUUUUUUUUUCUCUCCUCUUACUUACAUCCAGGGACUUUCCCAGCUCCCUGUCAUUGUUAGAAACUGAAUAAGAUCCCGCGUGCUUCAGGCACAGUCUCACUUUAAGUCUCAAGAUGAGCUUUUUGUUAGCUUCUUUUUAUGUUAAGGUAAAAUAAGACGUUCUUUGGUUACUUGGUGCCACUUUAAAAAGAUAAUCCAUGUAUUCUUUUGAUGCACUGUUUCCUUCACUGAGGUGCAGACUGUAAUUCAUCGUAAUCACACGGAGGCCGUUUUUACUCCGACGUCACACUCAAGAACUCAAAUGCUUAAAAAUGUGAACUGCUGGGGCGCUGAUGGCCUAUACUGUAGCUUCACACCUCAUGUACAGAGGCUGUAAUCCUCCAAGCAGGCGGCCCGGGUUCAAGUCCAAUCCUUGGCUACUUUCCCACAUCUCAUUCCCCUCUCUCUCUCUCUCUCUCUCUUGAUUUCCAACUAUAUCCACUGUCCUGUCUAACUAAUGGCAAAAAUAACAAAUAUACGACUUCAAAUGAGUGAGAAAAAACAAGUGAGCUGCUGUGUUUCAGUUUUCAAAAUGUAGAAAUGUGGGGAGUUUGACAAUUUCCAUUUCGAUGCUUCCCUACUGAUAAGCAACAGGAGAGACGAUGAAUAGUGAAUAUUUCAUCAAUUUGAGAUUACAGAGGAUAAAAUCACAACAAAGCUCAUCUCUUAAAGAAGUGGUUCUCAACUCGUCUAGCCUCAGGACCCACCACCAACUCCACCCUGAAAAAACAUGACCCACAUUUCUGAUAUGUUUCAACCAAUCAGAUUUAUUUCAUUGAAAAAAAAAAUCUGCAGUUUUUGCAGUUUGCAGCUUCUGUCAAAUGUUUCAUGUCGCUCAGACGAUGCAAAACAUCUGAAACUGAACACAACAAACAUGGUUAAAAACACGCUUGACAAACGGUUUGUGGCCAAGUUUUUUUUUUCAGGCCCAUGCUCGCGACCCACCAGUUGAGAAUCACUGUCUUAAAGCUUUACAUGUAGAACUUACUUGAACUUAGUACCAAUUGAAGACAAAAAUAACACUUUUGAUAACCCAUUAGCUCCCAUUAAAAGCAGCUAAAGUUAGCAUUGAAGUACUACCUAGCUAACAAAACAAUGUUUGUUAUGCGAUUUAAAAGGCUUAAAUGAAUUCUGAAAUAUCCACCUACAUCGUGGACUGAGUCAUUAAAACCUGGAAGUAAAUAAAACACUGGAACUUUUAAAAAAAAUGUUUCAGGAAACAGUAUCAAAUGGUAAUGUUAGCUAGGAGGUGGUUGAAUGCUAACGUUAGCUGAUGUUAAAUUGUGGCUAAGUGGUUUCGAAUAGCUUGAAAAUUGACUAAUUUCCCUCCUAAGUUCAACUAUACAUUUAAUUAAAAGUUGCUUAUCAACCUGGAAACUAUGAAAUGUAAACCAUUGGUCAGAAUUGUAAAUACAAUUGGAACACAGGUGUAUGAAAUCAGCAGUAUUUUUACUCCCCACCAUUAGCUUAAUGUCAGAGGAAAAUGGCCUCUGUGAGAAUGUUGAAUCGUUUGUGUUGCAGUCUUCACUUGAUUUUGAUAAUACUUGCUGUUUAAGGACCACCGUUGAACUGCAUUACUUUAAACAAUGCCCCAGCUUCCACUUAUGUUAGGGUUUCUUAAAGAGUGUAUGUUACCUCUUGCUGUACCUGAAGUGAAGGCAUGUUAGCAUCGUUGCGCUAGGCUACAUAUCUUGUCCAUUCCAUCUGCUUCUAUUAAUGUGCAAAGGUGACUGUCCACGGAGUCAAACAAUCUUUACAAUUCAAGCUUUCUACCUUACCUUUUCAAUGAAGGCUUUGCUUGAAUGUUCGGACUAACGGUGCAAACUGCUACAACUCGUGUCUUUUUUUUCUCCUUUCUUCCAAAGACCAGUGGCAUUUACUUGUUUUAUUAUUGUUAGUGCCAAUGCAGCAGGAAACGAAGACUGUGACUGGACAAAUCUAAGCUGAAAAGGUGGCAUUGUACAGACUCCAUGGGUGUAUUUUCUUACUUGUUUUCCAUUUCAAAUCCUGAGCUAAAUUUAAUGUGCUGAUUUUAAUCGGACUUGAAUUUGAACGCACCAUGAGGUAACCCUUAAAAAAAGAGCAUCAUGCCAGUUUUUGCACAAUUCUUUCUGAGUGUUGAUCAGUGCUGUUACGUUCUUUGUUUCGCCAUCGAUUACUUGACCAUGACAUGUAUUAGGUUUCUCGACAGAUAGAACCUCAGAAACAUGUAAAUACUUGAAGGAUUUUUUUCAGAUACUGUAAGUCCAUCUCAAACAGAUUUAUGUAUCAAUCUGAAGAAAAAAACAAGAUGAAUGUCUGCCGGAUGGUGUUGCCAUGGAAAUGCAGUGUGCACAGUACAGUGUGUGCUCAUCAAUCAAAAACCUUCUCCCUUCUGGAGGGACAACGUCAAAAACAAAAAUACUCUGAAAUAAUGCAAUCAAACUGAAGUCGGUAUGAAUGUAACGUCUGUACGAAGAAAAAAAAAAAGGCUUCAGUCUAAUAUAAAUAUGUUAACAAUGUAUGUACAUGCUUAUCAACAUGGCUUCAAAAGCUACCAAAAGACCCUGAUUAAAGGCACCUUUGUUGCAGCGAAUGCACAGCAUGUGAAGCGUUGGGUUUGACGCUCCACUUCCAGGAGGCGGUGUAGUGUAUCUAGCAUUUACAGACAAUGAGCUCCAAGCAGUGUUAUGGUUCUGAUAUUUGUGCUGUAUAGCAAAUUGAAUGAAAAAAAGUGAAUCGUCAUCUUUUUAUUUGUAUCCUGUGUAUUUGUUCAACGUGUUUUAAUAAAUCUUCUGGACAACA